UACUAAAAAACCAAUUGUUUAUCAUGCAAUAGAAAGCUAUCGACAGCCUUAAAAUUUGUUUUUAAAACAUCAAUCCAAGCAUUAAAUCACAAAGAAUGCCGGAGUUCAGAAACAGCUUGCCCACAACAGACAUCUCAGAGAUCAUAAUGAAACUGAGUGGCUUUUACUUUACCCUGAUAUGGAUAUCGUGGGAAAUAUUCCAGGAAGCAGUGAAAACUUCUCUGUGGAAAAAUAUAAAAAUGAACUUGGACGUCCAUACAGUCGAGUAAAUUUGUACAUUUGCAAAAUGCUUGAUUUUGAAGUAGCCAAUGAUUUGACUGAAGACCUCGAGGAAACGGUUGUUCCAGAUACUGCUGAUGUUUUUGAAGAUAAUUCUGAGCAAGAAAAUUCUUCACAAACUAUAUGUGAACUGGGAAAUUCUCAACAAGUCAAUGCAACACCAGAUAAUCUGUGGAAGUUAAUCAUGCUCAUACCAAUGCUGUUCCAGCUAGUCUUGCAAAAGCUAGUCUAGUGGAGGCCAGCCAUGUUCAAACAAAUCCUGUUCCAAGCAAUGUUGUUAAUGUUGAUAAUAGUUGUGUGGAAGCUGUUUCCUUUCAGGUUGAUUCAUUUUCAGUUGAGCAAAUCAUUAUGGAACCAGGUGAAAUGCCUGCUCAAAUUUUUCAGGAUGCAGAUGUAACUGAAUCCCUACUAGAUAAUAUUGAACCAGAGCCAAAUCUUGUACAACCAGCUCAAGUUAAUUUACCCGAGGAACAAUUGCAUGUGCUAGAUCUCCUAAUCCAUCGCACAGCCCUUUUGAAAGACAUGAUAACAGAAUUUUAUAAUCCAAAUGUAUUGAAAUCUACUAUAUUUUUUAAAGUAGUUGAUGCAAGAGGUAGGUUUGAGGAGGGAGAAGGAAGAGGUGUUGCACGUGAUCUUCUUACAGAGUUUUGGCACCUUUUUUAUCAGUCAUUAUCUAUUGGAGCAUCUACCAAGGUGCCAGCCAUUCGUCAUGAUUAUCAAAAGCUGGAAUGGGAGGCAGUGGCUAGAAUCAUGUUGUAUGGCUACUGCAAAGAAGGAGUGUUCCCCAUUACAUUGUGUCCAGCUUUUGUUGCAUGUACUCUCCAUGGUGAAGACAGUGUUUCUUGUGAAGUGCUGUUAAACUCUUUCAUGGAGUAUAUGGCUGAAGACGAGAGAGAAGUGGUUGAUAACUUAAUGAAAAAUCGAUCACAGAUAUGUAAAAAUGAAGACUUACUUGAAGUUUUAGGAAGCUACAAGUGCUAUCUCAAUCCCACAGAAGAAAAUAUUGAAGAUAUAUUAUGCCAAUUAGCUCACCAAGAACUUAUCCAAAGACCGCGGUACGUUUCCAAUUGUUGGGCAACAAUAUUGCAAUCAUUGAAAAGUCAUCCUGCGUUUCAAGAUGUUGCAAGCAUUCUUUGCUUUUACCAAGAAAGAAAACCUACGUCCCAAAAGGUUUUGAAAAUUCUAGAUGCCUCCCCCGAAAAUGAGGCACAACGAAAUGCAUUUGAUCAUUUGGUGCGCUAUAUAAAGUCUCUAGGUGGCAACGUAACCGCGUUCCUUCAAUUUACCACAGGUUCUGAUAUCAUUUUAGAAGGUCAAAAGUUAAAAGUGUCAUUUACAGAACUUAAUGGUUUACAACGUCGUCCUGUAGCACACACAUGUGGACCAUUGCUAGAGAUUCCCAGCACUUAUCAAUUUUAUAAUGAGCUUGUAGAGGAGUUUUCGUCGAUCCUAAGAGAAAAAAGUGCCUGGUCGUUUGACAUUGUAUGAAAGUUCUAUCACAUGUUUUAGCACACUAUUAUGACAUAUUAUACUGUGUUUUACAUUGUAGAAACACUUUUUUUAGUUCACUUUUGUUAAAAAAGAUUUUAUGGACAAUGAUGUGGUGUCAUAUGAAGAUGGAGGUUAUGGACCUUCCCUGAAUAUGAAAUUAUCUUAUUUCUUUAUAAGAUUACCAUAUACGUUAUCGUUUUGAGUUAUUAAUGUUAAAUAUGUUUUGUUCAUUGCUAUUUGCUUUAAGCUGCUUCUAGAAGUCUUUCAUAUGCCAUUAAAGCUUCUCUCCAUGUC